AUGGCUUCCACACAAGAUCAAGGUCAGGUCAGGGUCACUGUACAUUGCCAGGACAACUUCGCAUUUAAGGCAGAUACAGAUUCAACCCCUGAUGACAGAAAGGCAACUCCUACAGAUCAGGGGCACGUAAAUGAGGCUCUAGAGGACGAUGACAUUCUCUCCCCCCAUAAAAUUGAUCUGACAGAGCUCAAUAUGGAAAGUGAUGAAAUAAAAACAGUAAAUGCCAUAUUGGACCCAAGUCCUCAUAACUCCGAAAACUUGGAGACAAGACAUUAUAAGCAGAAUAUUGCUGGGUUUAACAACAUCAGCCCCAGGGCGGCUAAAUACCGGGAGGGUACCAAAGCGAAGCUCAACAAAAUGAUCACUGUCCCAGGAGGAUCCACAUGGGGACCGCAAAGCUCUCGGUCCAAACCUUCAGGGCCUGUCUCUCCCAAGGGAACCCUAAAGGGAUUACCAGAUAACUUAGGAACAAAGAAUCUCAGUGGUACCGUCAGAAGCCACCAUUCUCUGGGCGCCAACACGGUCUUUAGUCAACAAAGCAUCCACAGUAGUAUCCCAAUGCAUGUACGACGACCGGUCAAAGGUCACAUCAAGGGGUACCCAAGUGGGACACUGAGCAGAGAAUCAGUGGCAUUCCGACGAAAUCAUCAAGCCAAAGAACAUCUUGUGACCAGGUUUGACAUAGAACUGGAUAAGCACGAGAGACAUCGAUACUACCCUGGCGAGGAAAUCUCCGGGAAAAUUAUGUUUGACAUUCGAGGCAAACUAGAAAUCCGAUUUAUUGAGUUUCUGAUCACGGGACAUUCGUCUGUAACACUAUCUAGAGGUGCACAUUCAGGUAACACCAAGACAUUUCGCGAUGUUUUUCUUAGCAAGCGUAAUUAUAUAGUAGGCACACCAGAUGGAAAAUGGACAAGCAUGGUCACUCCCGGUCACUAUGUGUCCAAGUUCAAAUUCCUCCUGCCUAGUAACAUUCCAUCGUCAAUGAAAUACAAAGAUGAACUCAAUGGUUUUGGGGCCGAAAUUGUGUACAAUGUGAAAGCUAGAAUCUGUGACGACAUUGGAUCUUCUUCUGCCAGAAGUACCCAUUCAUUGAACAACUUAGUGAAAAUCAUCCUCUCUCGAAGAAAUUCAUUUGUGGUGAGGAGAAGAUUUGAUAUUCACUCCAUUCCUAAUGCACUUCUGCCCGUGAUCCAUCAGGAAGAUGUCACCCUAUCAUCCUGUUCCCUUUUCUCCAGUGAUAUCGCAAACAUAAACUUGUGUCUAGACCGAUCCUGCUUCUUAGCUGGGGAUGACAUUCAGGUCAGACUGGAAAUCGAAAAUCAGUACGCAAAACGCAUCAAAAUGAUCGAAGGUCACUUACAACAAAAUGUUACAUUGAUGAAACCAAAGUCCCAUUUCUCCUUUAAUUUAUCAACGUUUGCAGAAAAAGAACCUAAAGGCACUGUGAUAACCCACAAACUACAACACACACUGUCCUGUUUUGACUUUACAUUGCCGACUCGUUUAAACAUUUUACCGAGUAUAAACCCUGGCUGUAGGCUUGUUCAUGUUUCAUACUCUCUUCGUAUUGUGGUCCAUUUUUCCUCCUGCGGAGGCCAGCUACUGCUGGAGGUGCCUGUCCACAUCGGUCCGUGUUCUGAUCCAAUCAACCUGGAGAAAAGGAACUCUGUCCCCGUGUUUAACCGUCCCAAACGUUUCCCCCAUUUCUCUCCCCAUCCAAAUGGGAACAUACAAAAUGGCCAUACGAGGACACAUCAGAAGCCACAGUCCCCCGUUUACACCAAGUUCUCUCAUAAUGCCCCCUCCCUGUUCUGUUGUUCUGCAGACACCGCUUUGUGAUCCUGUCCCCCAGUGCAAACCCUAUCCCCACCACCCUCCUUCCAAUGCCAUGGUUGCAAUCUGAGAAUUCUUUGUAUGGAAGAUAAUCAGGGUUUUGUAAUCUGCAUCAUAAUCUUGGAUGGACAGGAAAUGCCAAUACAAGACAAUUCUAAAAAUAAAAGUUGGAUCUAAUAUUCAUGGGUAGUUCUGGUUGAAAAACCAAAAGUGCAGUCUAGAUAUUAAAACACUGGAAUUAUUUCAUACAGAAUUCGCAACCUUUGAGGAACCUUUCUUAAAUACAAGCUAUAUAGCUAAAUUGCAAACUUCUUACAGCCUUGAAAACUUCAACACAAUUAAAAGCCACUAGUGUCACAGGCUCUUACAAUGAAAUUUUUUAAUUUGAAUUAGGUGGGAUUUUUUUUUAAAUGUAUACCUGUCACUUUCAAAUAUGUGCAUGGUUUUUAAAAGAUUUUUAAAUGAGUAAACUUGGAAAAUGUAGAACCUCAUUAUAUACUUAUAUGGAUACAAACAUUCCAAAAACUUCUGACAGCUUUAGAAUAUAUUUCUUUUCAACAUUUUGCAUGUUUUCAUUUCUAGAGUAGAAGCAACUAAAUUAUCCAAACACUAAUUCCCUUAUCCAGACCAGUUUGCCUGGAACCAAAAUUCCAGAUUUUAAUACAUUUAACGCAUAAAUAUUUAAUACAUGUACAUGGAUGUGACCGCCUUAAAACUCGAGAAAAUAAAACAAAUGGUUUGUUUGUGAGACUGAGAAAAACUUAAAAUAAAAAAUAAAUCUGAAAGAUAUUAUCUCUAACAAUUUUGAUACCAAUCAAUAGAACUAAAACUGAUGAUGUUGACACAUAAGGCCAUUUUGUUUUUGCAAUCUCCGUAUGAAUACUGCAGCACUUGUGUACAAAUGCUGGAGGCUUAUUAUUAAAGAAGGAAAUAUAAAUGUGCAUUAAUUAUUGAAAUUUUAUUGUAUGGCCAUUUUUACUAUAUUUUGUACAUCCAUAGUAGACUUGUAAAUAUCCUGUGUAUCUGAUGUGCAUAUUUUAAUUUGAAUGUAGAGAGAUGGGUCAUGGUUAAUUAUGUAUUAUGAUAAGGCUUUUGAAGUGAUGCAUUAUUGAUCAUUCUUUAUACCUGGUGUGAUUUAAUAUAGUGCACAUCUUUUGCAUAAAGUAUGCUUCAUAUUUACUGUAUUCAGAGAAUGUAAUUAACCAAUAACUAAUUAGUUGUCUAGAUUUCUGUCUGUAAUUUUUUCUGGAGACGCAGCAUUAAUGUUCAUUUUCUGAUAUUGAUUCCAACGGGGGAAAAAAAAAUCUUCAUGCUGUCCUAUUUAUGUACAUUAAAGACAAAGAAAGGGAGGAUUCAGGAUUGGUCGCACUGCAUUAUUGAUGUAUUCGCCUGAAUUAUGGAUCUUAAAUGGGAGCAGUGAAUAUGCUAAUGAAACCAACUUUCAUCUUUUUUUUUUUUAAGAUGGAAUAAUACUUUGUCAUAAUGGCUGACUUUCUUUCAAAAUACGAAUGAAGAAAUAAGUCUCUUAACUUUAAAAUUAUGGUACCUAGCCAGUUAUAUCAGUGUAUGAACACAACAGUCUUUUUCGGAAACAGCUUCCUACUAUAACUGCAUUUUUCACAAAAUGGAGUAAAUUUUAAAAGUUUCUAUUUAAAAAAAAAUGUACAUGUUCUCCAUUUGCCCUAUGUGUUAUACUGCCUUCAUAAACACCACUGUUCAUGGAUCCUCCACGGUAAUUUGCAAUUUCAAAGUACAUGUAGUUGUAACCAUGGUAGCUGAAGAGGAAGUUCAAACUAAAGCUCUCAAUAGUUUUCAAUGAAGGAAACAACAGUAACCAGAUGUACACUUAUCUUACAACAAUGUAGAUUUUUAAAAUUACAUUCUCUUUUAAGGUACGUCAUCGUGGGCCGAAAUGUAUGCUCAGACUCUCCCUGAGAGUCCGAGUCUCCCUGAGAGGAGCGUACAUUUCAGCCGUGGCUUGCGAGGAUGUUUUAAGAUUUGUUUUCUUAUGAACUACAUAUUAAUUGUAUUUAUAAAUGAACUUUAUAGCAGUGGAAAUUAUAUUUUCCAAUAUUACAACAUUUGAAAUUUAUGUAUUUUGUAUGUUUUUGCCAUAUCCACAUGCAACAUCACUAUAUCGUAAAUUAUGCAAUGCCUGGAAUGUACAAGUAUAUUUUUCUUCAAUAAAUCAAUAAAAUUACA